AUGGGUAUUCCCGUGGAAGGACCGUCGAUAGGCUGGCCAGAGACUGAACAGGCUGCACCAAAUAUUCAGAGAUGGGCAACUGAGCAACUGCUGUGCCUUUGGCGUAAACAACGGUAUCGCAGUGACAAUGUUGCUUCGUGGGGUGAUGAGAUUGAAUACAACCUGGUUGAUUUGAACGCAGGCGCUGAGCGGGCGACAUUGCUAUUAGACCAGGAGAAGGUAAUUCGUCAAUGGGAAGAAAGCCCCGCCAGCAAGGAAGAACCGGUUGUUCUCCAAUGGGAAUGGGCCAAGUAUGUGGUCGAGACAACUCCCGCAAAGCCAUACACUGGUGGUAUCGAGGAUCUCCUAAGCGUCGAGCAAAAUAUGAAGACAAGACGAGAAGUCAUCAAUCGCUCUCUUUCGCCAAACCAGCACACCAUGUCACUAUCCUUCUUUCCCCGUGCUGGAGUGGAUGACCAAUGGACAACUCCCCAAGGUCGAACCCAGACAAAUCACUCCGUAUGCUCUCUUCCGCGGUACAGAAUCCUCCCGGAGAAUGUCCACAGCCGCAGACAAAGUCACAAGAAGACACAUUUUCCGGUCUACCAAGACAUCGAGACGCCGAAUACAUUCCACGAUAUCUUACCAUCGGGAGAGGAAGUCCAAAACCACCUCUGCUUAGAUGACCUCGAGGUCGGAAUUGGCUGUUGCAGUCUCCAAACAACCUUCCAAGCACCAAACGAAACAGAAGCCCGGUGGCUACACGACCAGCUGAUACCCCUUGCACCAAUAUUCCUCGCCAUGACUGCCGCAGUCCCAAUCUGGAAGGGAUACCUGGUCGACACCGAUAUCCGCUGGCAGCGAUUCGGAGACCUAACAGACGACCGUCGACCAGAAGAGAUGGAAACCACCCCUCCACGCUGGACCUGGAACCGCACAUAUAUCUCCGAGGAAAAACCCGCCGGUCUCGAGGGCGACUCAACAAUCCAACCAAUGAACCCAGCAAUCAAGCAACGCCUGCUAGACGGUGGCAUGGACGAUUCUCUCGCAACGCAUUUCGCCUCCAUCCUCUCGCGCGACCCGCUCAUCCUAACCGAAGAAGAUACGCACCAUCUCAACACCUCAAACACAAAGCUCUUCGAGCUCCUCCAGAGCUGCGUCUGGCACGCAGUCCGCUUCAAGCUCCCUACCACAGACUCGGGACCCGGGUGGUGUGUUGAGUUCCGAACAAUGGAGUCCCAGCUCACGGAUAAGGCGAAUGCGGCCUUUGCCAUCUUUGCCUUUCUGCUUUCCAGAGCAAUUGUCACUAUGCAUUUGAACUUCUAUAUUCCCAUCGACAAGGUUGGUGAGUCGAUGGAGUUUGCGAAGGAACGGGAUGCUGUUCGUGAGGGGAAGAUGUGGUUCCGGAGGUCUGGGUGGUUAGCGGGAACGCACUCGCUUGGAGGAGUCAAGUCCAUGUGUAAGGACAAGGCUCAUCAACAGUUGAAUGGGGAGGUGCAGGGCAAGGGAGAGGAAUUUGCGCUCAUGACUGCUGAUGAGAUCUUCAAUGGCGAGUCUGAGCCGAAUGGGUUCCCUGGGUUGGUUGCUAUUGUUCGGUAUUACCUGAAUCAGAGCAAGAUGCCGUCGGCGGAGCAGGAGAAGAUUGCUCCAUAUUUGGAGUUGAUUAGUGAGAGGGCGAGUGGUGAGAAUCCUACGCCGGCGACUUGGAUGAGGGAGUUUGUGCGCUCGCAUGAGGAUUAUCAGCAGGAUAGCUAUGUUGGCGAGAGGGUGUGCUAUGAUAUGAUGAAGGAGAUUGUGCGGAUGAACGAGGAUGGGGAAUGA